UAUAUAUAUAUAUAUAUAUAUCUCAGCUGAUAAGAUAUUUUCAUCGAAAUCCUGCUGUUACGAAAACCCUAAUGCAACCGGCUGUUUACGAAAUAAAUGUUCACGCUCUCGCAUCCUACAGGCAAUUACUUCGUAUGCCUGUUGCUAAUUAAUUAGCGUGAAAUAUAUAAAAUCGCGCGAUCUCGGAAUUAUCGAUCGUACGUUUGUGUCUAUUGUCGAAAGUGUGCCGCGAUUUUGGCAAUUACUGUAACGUUGACCCACGAUCAUCACCAUUAGUUCCGUUCUGCUUAAACGUACCGCAAUUUUAAAAAGUAGGCUGUUAGAGCUAAUCGACUCUGUUUCGUGCAUAUUUCGCAUGUAAAAUCACCUUGAGAACUCGUUAUAUUCAACCUUGGAUACUUGGUGUAAUUUAUGAUGAAAGCAGAAUUCAUUCGUUCUAUAAAAGUCAAUGGUCUUUCACUAAUUUUGACUGUGAUUUUAACAGUAUAAUCGUGACAGUACUUGUGUGUAAUUCCAGAAUGAUCUAAUUUAUAUAAUACACACACAGUGCAUAUGAUUCAAAAAUUUCCUGUGUCUACUAGCUCUCGCGAUGUUCGACGAUAGACGCGGGACAAUAGCGAAUAGUUCGGCGAAUCUGUUGCAGUUCACUAGUCUGAGAAAUUCAAUACUUUAUCUAGGCAUUCUUAAUCAGAUUUUAUCAAUUGUUUAUCGCGAUCGAUACACCCCCUUUGAUUUUUAG